CGCACGCGCCCAUUGAGCAGCGUUACGUACGCCAGACAAAGAUGGCGGGCACGGCGGGGAAAGCAGCAUGAUUUGCAGGUGUAGAAGAACGCAACCUGAAGAAUUAUAGUAUUAUAUGAGCGCUGGGAAAGCUAGCAAGAUGACACUUUAGGGUAUCCAUCCAUAGUAGUAAUUCGUAUACAUUUUCUAAGUUUUCCCCGGAGGGAACGUGUUAUUUUUUAGGGUUGGCGAAAAAGAAAACUCCCCAGAAGCAUGGCUUCCCACAGUAUCCAGUACAUCUUCGGGGAGUUCAGUCCCGACGAAGUCAAUCAGUUCUUCAAAACUCCCCGGUGUUAUGUUGAGCUUCCCCCAUUCUCCGACAAGGUAUCCUGCGUCACGAAGCCGACAGGAAGUUACUGUACUCCAGUGCCAGUCAUUACGGAGUCAAUGAGACGGCAGGUUUGUGGUGGCGGCUGUGACCACAUCAAGUUUGGCGUGGACGAGGUGAUGGAUGCCGAGGGUAUCAGGAUGGGCGAUCCAGCCUGCAAGGUCUCCAGCACUCUCAACCCCCAGGCUCCCGAGUUCAUCCUUGGCUGCCAGCCAGCUCAGAAUGCCCUGCCGACCCUGCAGGGGGCCGACGCUUCUGAUUUCAAUUUGGCGGACGGCUCAGACCCCCUGCUCCAGUCCCCAGAUGACAACCAGCCCUUGGGCAGCCUGGCGCAACGGGAACGCAAGAAGAAGAAGAAGCGACCGCCCGGAUACUACAGCUACAUGGAGGGGCCCAGCGGUGCAGCCAAGGCCACCGGGGCAGUGCUGGUGAACGGGCACACGCCUGUCAGUCCUGAUCACCAGCCAGAGGACAUGGUGGGGGAGGCGGGCCUGAGCACAGAGUGCUACCCUGGGGGCGCAGAAGCUUCCUCUGGGGCUCACAGCCGGACUAGUGAAAGUCCAGAUGAGUCGUCCUUGGACCCCACGGAUGGCGUGGCCCCUUCGGUGGACCACGACGUUGUGGCCGCUGCCUCGUGUUCUCACAGCCUCCAGCUGGCUGCGGCCCCCAGGACAAUUGAGCGGCGCUCGGCCCCCCCAACCCUUGAAAGCCCUGAACUACUGGGCAGCGAGAGGCAGAGCCCAGGCCUCUCCUCCCCUCUCCCUCCUGGUACUACUGAUGAGGCUAACAGCACAGUUGACGGGACGCUGGACAUGCAUGCUGAAGACUCCGGGAGCCCGGAUAGGGAGGUGCGGCCAGGGGCACCACAGACCUCGCCAUCCGUCCCUGCCGUGUCUCCGGCCCCCCCUACUGGCGCUCCUGCUGCCAACCCACCCAAAUCCUGGGCCAGCCUCUUUCACAACUCUAAACCCCUGCCCGGUGGGCCGCAGGCAUUUGUGCAGGUGAAAAACAUCCCGGCCCCAGUUCCUGCUGCCCAAGUCCCUGCCCUGGCGUCGGAACAAGUCAACGAGGUGGACGAGGGUCCUGUCCAUGUGUCUGAGGACCCCCUGGCCCCCAGGCUUGCAGAAUUGAUUGAAAAUGUGAAGUUGAUACACAAACCAGUGUCUUUGCAACCAAGAGGACUGAUUAACAAGGGAAACUGGUGCUAUAUCAAUGCUACCCUGCAGGCCCUGGUUGCUUGCCCCCCCAUGUACCAUCUGAUGAAGUCACUUCCUGUGCCGAACGAGACUCAGCGGUCCUCCUCAUCCACGCCCAUGAUCAACAGCUUUGUUCGACUAGUAAACGAGUUCAGCAAUAUGCCUGUGCCGUCCAGGGCUAAACAGCAAGCUGCUGGAGACAAAAUCAUGAAAGACAUUCGGCCAGGAGUUCCCUUUGAACCCAACUACAUUUACAGACUCCUCACUGUCAUUAAGUCCAGCCUCUCUGAAAAGGGUCGACAGGAGGAUGCAGAAGAAUACCUGGGCUACAUCCUUAAUGGCUUGCAUGAGGAGAUGCUAGCUCUAAAGAAACUUCUAUCUCCGCCUGAAGAAGAGGUUUCCACCUUGAAUGGCCCAGAGUCCCACUCAAGAGCCAAUGAGGAGACGGUGGAAAAGGAGGUGGAAAGCAGCGAUGAUGAAUGGGAGCAAGUCGGCCCCCGCAACAAGACUUCCGUAACUCGGCAGGCCGACUUUGUCCGCACCCCCAUCACGGACAUUUUUGGGGGUCAUAUCAGGUCAGUGGUGUACCAGCAGAGCUCCAGGGAGUCGGCCACGCUGCAGCCAUUCUUCACCCUGCAGCUGGACAUUCAGUCAGAGAAGAUCCACACUGUGCAGGAGGCACUAGAGAACCUGGUGGCCCGAGAGUCUGUCCAGGGUUACACCACGAGGACCAAGCAGGAGAUUGAGGUCAGCCGGAGAGUGACCCUGGAGGAACUCCCCCCUGUGCUGGUUCUCCACCUGAAGAGGUUUGUCUUUGAGAAGACAGGAGGCUGCCAGAAGCUGGUGAAGAAUGUCGAUUACCCUGUCGACCUUGAGAUCAGCAAAGAUCUUCUCUCGCCUGGAGUGCGGAGUAAAAUUCUCAAAGGCCAAAGAACCUACAGGCUCUUUGCAGUCGUUUAUCACCAUGGGAACAGCGCCACGGGUGGACAUUACACAGCGGAUGUCUUCCACAUCGGCCUGAGUGGCUGGCUGCGCAUCGACGACCAGCUGGUCAAGGUGAUCAACCAGCAGCAGGUGGUGAAGCAGGCUGCAGAGCGCACCGCUUACCUGCUCUACUACCGUCGUCUCGACCUGCUGUAGAGCCGCGCCCUCAGCGUCCUCCUCCACCUCUUCCUCCUCCACUCCACGUUUUCCUAGUAAACCAGCUUUAUGGUCUGUCUUGGUGAGAAAAAUGAGACUCUUCCGGGAAAGCUGCAGAUGCUCUCUUCGCUGUGUGUGGCACAGUUUGAUUUAACGUAGGCUGUUGGAAGGAGGGAAGCCAGAGCGAAGCUGGGAGUUGACUUUCAAAAUCGAAUCUCAUUUUCUAAAACGCCGACCUCAUCCGGACGGCAGCUUCACCAGAGCCCUGUUCCCGGUUAGGCUGAGCCAUGCUUCUGUUCCGGUUACUAGGAAGAACUUGGGCCUUUUUGUCUACCUUGUUUUUCCAAGGACUCUUUUGCCUUUUAGUAGGUCUUUCUGAAUAUGCAGCUUUUAAAUUUUUUCCGCAGGGGCCUCGGCACCAGCAAAUGGAAACGUGUUUUUUGGUUCGAGUUCCGUGUUGGGAGGCUUCCCAUUCUCACUCCCUCCUGAUUCUUCUCUGCUCACCUUCCCGGCGCUUCUAAACCUAAGUAAUGUUCAAGCCAUUUGAAUGACGAGAGCCUGAAAUAACGACGACUACUUUUGAGAGGAUCUCUGGCGGUUUCUGGGUGUAGAGUCAAAAUAAAGAAUUUUAAACUAA